UAUUGCGCAGGCCCAGUUUACGCCUUUCAUUUCCUGAUUUGGUGGACUGAUUCAGAGUAUCUCUGACUGAUUGCAAAUUUCUCAGCAUUGGAAACACUAAUCGGGCAGCGCCAAGUGGGGUUCAGUCAUGUCAGCACCUGCUAUGGGGACCACGAAGACUGCUCACAGUGAUGUGGCUGCGAAGAAAAAGAGGGGACCGGGUGCCCUGGCUACGGCGUAUCUGGUUAUAUAUAACGUGGUUAUGACAGCUGGCUGGCUGGUCAUUGCUGUGGGCCUGGUGCGGGCCUAUCUUGUCAGAGGCAGCUACCACGGCCUAUACUUCUCUAUAGAGAAACCCCUGAAGUUUUUCCAGACCGGCGCACUCUUGGAGAUAUUGCACUGUGCAGUGGGGAUCGUUCCAUCCUCUGUGGUUCUAACAGGGUUCCAGGUGUUGUCUCGAGUCUUCCUCACCUGGGCUGUGACACACAGCGUCCGAGAGGUCCAGAGUGAAGACAGUGUCCUGCUCUUCGUAUCGGCCUGGACCAUCACAGAGAUCAUCCGCUACUCCUUCUACACCUUCAGUCUGCUCAACCACCUGCCCUACCUCAUCAAAUGGGCACGGUACACAUUCUUCCUAGUGCUGUAUCCUAUGGGUGUGACAGGUGAGCUGCUGACUAUCUAUGCAGCCUUGCCCUACGUGCAGAAGACAGGUCUCUAUUCUGUCACUCUACCUAACAAGUACAACUUCUCUUUCGACUACUACACCUUCCUCAUCCUCACUAUGGUCUCCUACAUUCCACUGUUUCCCCAGCUCUACUUCCACAUGAUGCGUCAGAGAAAGAAAGUCCUGGCCCACGUGGAGGAGUACAAAACAGAGUAAACACAACAAACACACGGCAGACUGAUCACAUCAUGCCACGGGGAGGAGUGGAAAAAGACGAGAGAACCUGUAAAAAAAAAAGAAAAAAACAUGCCUGACCAAUUAAAUAUGUCUGCUUGUUGAAAUACCAAAAUACCAACUAUUUUUCAGAUCAAGAAAAUAACAUGGGGAAUGGGGAUAAUCGAUCUAACAAUGGUUCUUGCUAAUCAGUUGGUUCGGUUUUGGGCUGUUGCCUGGUUAUUAAGAAGCUCAUGUCAUUUACAAUAUACAAACUGCUUUUCGUUUUCUUUGUAAGCAAAUGCAGUUACCAUGUUAUCAAAAUGCUACUUACUCAAAAAACUGUUUUGUAAAUCUGAUGAUGAUACAGUUCUGUUGCACUGCCCCUGUUUGAGAGGCAGGCAGAAUGCUGUCCUGUUGCCUGUGACUUUUGGUCAUAAUGUGCUGAAUGCACUGAUUCAAUCAAUGCCCUCUUCUCUUAUAGUCCAGUAGAAGACUAACACUAGAACCCCCUCCCCCCAUUCUAUCACAGGCUGCAUCCCAAAUGGGAGCCUAUUCCCUAUAGUACACUAUUUAGGGAAUAGUGUCAUUUGGGACGCCACCAUGCUUUGUGCUCAAAUGAAUAGUUGUUGUCCUUUGUUAGGAUGGAUGGAAGGUUCCAUAUUUGUCUGACUGAACAGAGGACUAUGCCUGUUAAGUUAUUUGAGUAAUUUAUUUCUGCGACUAGUUUUUUUCACCUGCAGAACUUCUGAUCACAUUCCAUUUGGUGUAAUAAAGCUUUUUUUCUUUA